AUGAUACUCGUCCCAGAAAAUGGAGCUGUGGACGUAGCGCGGGCACCGGCGCCGGUUAAUGAUGUCUCUGAGCUGGACAGAGAUAUGGAGAAAAUUCUAAAUGACAAGCAUCUCUCUGAUUUCAUCAAGUGGAAGCGAUACGAAGCGACCCUCGAUCGCUACAUGAUGUUGAUAAGGAGAACAAAAAGAAAAACAGAGUUAAAAAGCCGCGAAGAAUCAGAUGGCAGUGACGAGGAUUCAGAGCUCUCGACGAUGGAUAAAAUCCUGAGCGGAAUAAAAAAUAGAUACAUUGUGCCGACGCUCAGGUAUCAAUACGAGUGCGACCUUGCUGAAUUUCAACCUUACUCCAAUGAAAACAAAAACGUGAGAUAUUUGCUCGUCGUCAUAGACGUCUUCUCCAGAUACGCACAAGUAGAGCCGCUGGUGGACAAGACGGGCCGCGCUGUGGCUGAUGGGUUGAGAAAAAUUUUCAAAUUAAUGGGGACGCCUAUUCUGCUGCGAAGCGACAAGGGGACCGAGUUUAUCUCGAGCGAGGUGCAAAAAUUGCUCAAACAAUUAUUUGUCAAGCACAUUACGACCAACAAUGAAGUCAAGUGCGCGAUUGUAGAGCGGUUCAUUCGUACGAUCAAAACAAAACUUUACAAGUACUUCACGAACAAAGGGCAUCACAAAUAUGUUGAUCGGAUAAAAUGUGUCGUGCGCGCGUAUAACAACUCUUGGCACUCGAGCAUUGGUUGCGAACCUGUCAACGUGACGUCGCGGAACGUGAGCAAAAUAUGGAAAUAUCUUUAUUCAGGAGUGGGGCGGUACCCAAAGUUGCAAGUUAGAAAUUUGUCCAAACCGAAAUUCAAAGUUGGCGACGUCGUCAAAAUUUCCAGCAAGAAAAAUUCGUUCUCCAAGGGCUACAAGCACAAUUUUACUUAUGAAAAUUUUGUCAUUGACCAGGUGCUGCGCAGAAAUCCGCAAGUUUUCAGGCUGAAGGAUCUGGAGGGGGCGCCGAUAACGGGCGUUUUUUAUGCAGAAGAACUACAAAAAGUAAUCACCGAUGACAAGACCGCUUACAAAAUAGACUAUGUGAUCAAGUCGAGAGGAAAAGCUGGCAGUAAGCAGUUGUACGUCAAGUGGAGAGGUUAUCCGGACGCAUUCAACUCGUGGAUAAAAGCCACCGAUUUGGAAAAAUUAUGA